AACCAGAGCCAAACAGAUUUAACCACUUUAAACCUCAAUCACAACUCUACUUCCUAACACGGAGUAGGAGGGAACCUGGGAGUGACAUUUAACUAGUCAUGCAUUGUUUUUUUUGACUUGCCAGUUUAGAAACAGAACAACAAAAAGCAGGUGUGAUGAUUGCAGAGUGUAUGUGAAUAUCAAAACUGGUUCAUGUUAUUUUGUGUUUAUUUUUUUAUUUUCUAUUUUUAGAAUUCAUUUGUUGAAGUUGAGGACUGUUCAUCAACAAUGUCAGGCUCCGUGUGGCUCAUUCCAUUUCUGAUUCUAGGCAAAACCAUUUCAAGUACGUCUGAAUCAAUCAGACUGGUAAAUGGCAACAGCUCCUGUUCUGGACGAGUGGAGGUUUUCUAUAACAGUCAGUGGGGAACAGUGUGUGAUGAUGGCUGGGAUCUGUCAGAUGCUGCAGUGGUGUGUAGAGAACUGGGCUGUGGGGAUGCUGUAGAGGCAAAGAGUGCUGCUUAUUUCGGACAUGGUUGGGAAAAAGUAUCUAUGAGUGGUGUGACGUGUUUUGGAAAUGAGUCUACGCUGAGCAUUUGUGGAUUUAAGAAAGAGGGACAGUUUAACUGUGACCAUUCAAAGGAUGCUGGAGUCAUCUGUCAUUCCCUCGUCAGAUUGGUGAAUGGCAGUCACUCCUGUUCUGGGCGAGUGGAGGUUCUCCAUGACGGUCAGUGGGGAACAGUGUGUAAUGAUGGCUGGGAUCUGUCAGAUGCUGCAGUGGUGUGUAGAGAAAUGGGCUGUGGCGAAGUUUUCGAGCAAAGGAGCGGUGGUUAUUUUGGCCAGGGACCAGGGCCAGUAUGGCAAAGUGAUGUGCAGUGUUCCAACACUGAAUCGACACUGAGACACUGCAGUUUAAAGGAAUGGGGACAAAACUCAUGUGGACAUGAGAAGGAUGCUGGAGUUGCCUGUCACCGCAAAAUUAAGUUUUCAGAUGGCAUCAACGCUUGUUCUGGAAGAGUGGAUAUUUUCUACUAUUAUUAUGUGAGAAACAUUGUGUGGGGAACAGUGUCGGAUAAUGGCUGGGAUCUGUCAGAUGCUGCAGUGGUAUGUAGAGAGAUGGGAUGUGGGGAUGCUGUAGAGGCAAAAAGUGCUGCCUAUUUCGGACAAGGCUAUGGACCAGUAUGGUUGGAUGAUGUCAACUGCAUUGGAAAUGAGGCCACACUCGGUACCUGUGAGUUAAAAAAAAUACAAGCGUACACUUCGCAUUCAAAGGAUGCUGGAGUCAUCUGUCAGGCUCUUAUUAAGCUGGUGAAUGGCACUAACACUUGUUCUGGGAGAGUGGAGGUUUUCUUUGAUGGCCGAUGGGGAACAGUGUGUGAUGAUGGCUGGGAUCUGUCAGAUGCUGCAGUGGUGUGUAAAGAAUUGGGCUGUGUAGAUGUUAUAGAGGCAAAGAGUGCUGCUUAUUUUGGACAAGGAUCAGGACCAGUAUGGCUAAGUGGGUUAAAGUGCGCCACUGACUCUACACUGAGAAACUGUAAUUCACAGGGAUGGGGGCAAAACACUUGUGGACAUGAGAAGGAUGCUGGAGUCGCAUGUCAGCCUAACAUUAGACUGGCUAAUGGCAGAACCUCUUGUUCUGGACGAGUGGAGGUUUUCAAUAAUGGUCAGUGGGGAACAGUGUGUGAUGAUGGCUGGGAUCUGUCAGAUGCUGCAGUGGUGUGUAGAGAGGUGGGAUGUGGGGAUGCUGUAGAGGCAAAGAGUGCUGCUUAUUUUGGACAAGGAUCAGGACAGAUAUUUAUGGGCAAUGUAAACUGUGUUGGAAAUGAGGCUACACUAAGCAUCUGUGAAUCGCGUAAAUAUGGAAUGUAUGACCAUUCCAAGGAUGCAGGAGUCAUCUGUAACUGUAAGUAAAAUCCACUGCUUUUCUAACUUUUU